GCUCUCGGCUUGCAUCAGAGGCGCUUCCAAGCUUUAUUUGCAUGCGAACUGCGAGGUGCAAGAACUACUAUCCCGCUCUAUACCCGCCUUCUGGAGGCACCGAAAGGGGGCCCGACUCUGGCCGGGCCGGUGAAGCUCUGUGGAAAUGAGCAGCCCCGAUGCUGGAUACGCCAGUAGCGACGACCAGGCGCAAGGACGGUGCUCCCUCCCUCCCCUCAUGAUGCAGUGUCAGUGGGCCGAGUCGCUAAGCCCCUUAGCCGAUGGCAAAGGCAAAGGCGAGACAGCGGCCGAUCAAGUCCAGCAGGGAGCCUCGGGUCGGGCCAAAGGCGAGACCCGCAUUCGCCGCCCCAUGAACGCUUUCAUGGUCUGGGCUAAGGACGAGCGCAAGCGGUUAGCGCAGCAGAAUCCGGAUCUGCACAACGCGGAGCUCAGCAAGAUGCUGGGACAGUCGUGGCGGGCGCUGACUCAGGAGGAGAAGCGCCCCUUCGUAGAAGAGGCGGAGCGGCUCCGGCUGCAGCACAUGCGGGACCACCCCCACUACAAGUAUCGGCCGCGGCGCAGGAAGCAGGUCAAGCGCCUGAAACGCAACGACGGCGCGGUGGACAGCGGGAGCGGCUUCCUCCCCGUUCAGCAUCACCAGCUGGGCCUGCCCGGAGAGGCGGGGAACGGAGGCGGCUGCGAGGGGCUCGGCCUGCCUUACGCAGAACAACCGAAUUACACCAGCGGGAGCUUCCAUUACCGGGACUGCGCGCCGCUCCCGCUGCCGGCCUUGGGCGCCCAUUUCGGGAACUACAGCCUGCCUACCCCGGAGCCCGAGUCCCAGGGUGGCGCUUGCGCAGAACCCUUCUAUUCCAAGAACCUAGAACUUGCUUAUGUACCUUGCUCGCUUCAAAAACUCUUUGACUUCAGUGUCUACAGAGAAUUCCCUGUGAAAUGA